GAGAAGACAGCAAUUCAGGAAGCCAAAACACAGCCUAUAGCAUUAGGCGAGAUGUUUUGCAUUCAAGAUGAGCUUGUCAGAAAAUAAUCACCUCUGCAAGGGAUGCCUCUGGCAGCCUGGGGCAGUAAAGGUCCAUGAUAAAAGCCAGCCCAGCUCCUCACUCUCUCAUCCACUUCUCUUGCCUCCAUCUCCUUGGGAGUCAGGUGCACCUCCAGCCCCAAGACAUGUCCUGCUGUGAUCAGUGCCAGCCCUGCCAGCCCUGCGGCCCGACCCCGCUGGCCAACAGCUGCAAUGAGCCCUGUGUCAGGCAGUGCCAGAACUCCACCGUUGUCAUCCAGCCCUCUCCUGUGGUGGUGACCCUGCCCGGCCCCAUCCUCAGCUCCUUCCCGCAGAACACCGUUGUGGGCUCCUCCACCUCUGCUGCUGUUGGCAGCAUCCUCAGCUGUGACGGAGUGCCAAUCAACUCUGGGUGCUGUGACCUCUCCUGCAUCACCAGCCGCUACUGUGGCAGAAGGUGCCCCCCCCCUGCAAAAGAUGCUGGCAACGGCCUGCCAUAA